UUAAAUGACCUUACUUUCUGUUUGAUAUGCAUCCACCAAGGCUGGUUUUCCUCCAACCAGAACUCAUAAGCCAUAUGGGCUGUUCUUAGUUUUCGUUAUAAAUUUUGGCUCUGAGUUCAGUGUGUAGAUGAGUUUGAUGCUACAGUGAUUAGGCCAUCUGGGCAGGAAGCACUGUUUUAUAAGUACCAAGCUUUUGUUCUGCAGAGUUUGCUCUGAAGCAUUCUUGAUUUUGUCUGAGCUGCUCCGUCGUGUUGAUCGUUCUAUCUGUUCCAUAUCGAGCAGUUCUUGAUUUUGCUGGCUUACUGCAGACUGAGAGUUUCUUGAUUACAUGAAAUUUAGUGACUUGUCAUGGGUGGCUGCGUCUCAAGGCCAAAUAAGAAGCUGAAAUCAAAGGCAAAGUACUUGUACAAGUCGUGUAAAUUUCGCAGAAAGAUAGCGCCCUCGAGUCCAUUUGCACCUCUAGAUCACCACACUGAUGAAGAGUUUCACGUCAGUGAUGAGUUUUCUGUCCAAGAGUUUGCUCUUGUGGACAUUCAAAACAAUGAGACGACAAUCUGGACGAAGUCUGAGGCGCAGAACCUCACCGUCCACCAUCUCCAGAUGCAGCAAGAUGGCCGAGUUUGGACAACGGAAAUACGGCACGAGGAACAAUGGUUUGACUCUCUGAGCGCCCUCGAUUCUGAUACUGACGAAGACUUUGUUAGCAUUGCUGAUGAUGGUUUGAUAUCCUUGGACAAUGCAACUGAGUGCACAUCAAAUGGUCAAAUAACUCCGGAUGAGCACAACUCAUGCUUUACCAUCUAUGGUUGUAUUCAAGUCGACUACACUAGAAAUAACAAUUCACUGGAAUCGGAGGAACGUAUAGAAGAAAAGAUUAUGCAUCCAACUAUGGGUACACAAAUUGUCGAUGCUUCAAGCUUGACAAUAUCUGGGGAAACAAGUGUCCAUGUGAAAGUAGAUGUACACAUUUCUGACAAAACUGAACAAAAGAAGUCAGAAUCUUGCUUAGCUCAGAUUCUUCCUUCAGUGAACGUCUCCGAUAUAAUGCAGUCUCCCUCUUACCCUGGCUCAAUAUCUACGAGACGAAAAUCAGCAGUUGCUUCUGUGGUUGCAGUAAAGAGGAAACUUCAUGAUGGAGAUGUUUCAACUGAGUUCUGUUUGUCUAAGAGAUAUUUAUGUAAUCCAAGAGCAGGGCUUCUCAUACCACGCUCAAUAGACGAGAAGCCAGCUCAAGGCUGCUGGUGCUCUGUUAUGCCUUCUGUCUUUAAGCUGCGGGGAGAAAAUUAUUUCAGAGAUAAGAGGAAAUAUCCUGCUGCAAAUUACAGCCCAUAUGUGCCUGUUGGUGUCGACUUAUUUGCCUGCCCCCGGAAGAUUAAUCAUAUAGCGGAGCACGUUGAACUUCCUUGUCUUAAAUCACACCAUGAACUGCCUUCCCUUCUGAUUGUCAACAUACAGCUUCCAGCUUAUCCAGCUUCCAUGUUCCUUGGAGACAGUGAUGGAGAAGGGAUGAGCCUUGUAGUAUACUUCAAAGUGUCUGAGAAUUUUGACAAAGAGAUUUCCACAAAAUUUUUGGAAACUCUGAAGAGAUUUAUUGCAAAUGAGAUGGAGACUGUGAAAGGCUUUGCAAAGGAAAGUGUUGUUCCUUACAGAGAAAGGCUAAAGAUCAUGGUGAAUCCUGUGAACCCCGACGACCUUGGUUUGAGCUCUGCAGAGAAAAAGCUUCUACAGGCAUACAAAGAUAAGCCGGUGCUUUCACGUCCGCAGCAUGAUUUCUACAAGGGGCCAAACUACUUUGAAAUCGACCUUGAUGUACAUCGGUUCAGCUAUAUAUCAAGGAAAGGACUUCAAGCAUUUAGAGAACGCUUGAAACAUGGGAUACUUGAUCUGGGAUUGACAAUUCAGGCACAAACAGCUGAAGAACUGCCUGAGAGAGUUCUGUGCUGCGUUCGACUGAACAAAAUAGAUUUCAUGAAUCUUGGCCAGAUCCCUACACUUGUAACCACGAAGGGUGACUGAGUCGGUAGGAACAGUGGAGUUGAUUCAUCGAAGAGGCGGAAGAGUUGAGCUGAGCUGCAAGAAACUGAUACUGUAUAUGAGUUUGGUGGUUUCUCUGAUGGGGUUAAGGAGAAAGGAAUCAGCAGAAAAAGGUAGUGUUUAGUAAGCUUGACUACUUUGUGGUUGAGACAGGAACUGAAGCAGCACGUCCUACUCUCAUGUACACUCAUCUUUAUGUUGAUGCGGACUCAAAAUUCUUUAAUUCAUGGUUCUUUGCAUUUCU